AUUGCGAUUAUUUGGGUGCCAACUUUGCUGGCAUUUGCAUUUGCAUUCCAUCUUGUGAUGCGUAACAGUGGUCAGGAACCAUGGGAAGCCACAGAAGUGGUAUCGAUUUAUUAUAUAUUUGUAGAAAUUUUUCCGAAUGAGUACUAA